AUGCAUGAAUACAAGCCUUCCCCGAGUGUAUGCCUGUAUACCAGCCUGCCCAGAGUCAAUGCCUGCAUACCAGCCUGCCCAGAGUAUAUGACUGUAUACCAGCCUGCCCAGAGUGUAUGCCUGUAUACCAGCCUGCCCCGAGUAUAUGCCUGCAUACCAGCCUGCUUAGAGUGUAUGCCUGCAUACCAGCCUGCCAGGAGUAUAUGCCUGUAUACCAGCCUGCCUAGAGUCCAUGCCUGUAUACCAGCCUGCCUAAAGUCAAUGCCUACAUACCAGCCUGCCAUGAGUAUAUGCCUGAACCAGCCUGCCCAGAGUAUAUGCCUGUAUGCCAGCUUGCCCAGAGUGUAUGCCUGUAUACUAGCCAUCCCAGAGUGUAUGCCUGUAUACCAGCCUGCCCCGAGUGUAUGCUUGAAUACCAGCCUGCCCCGAGUAUAUGUCUGCAUACCAGCCUGCCCAGAGUAUAUGCCUGUAUACAGCCUGCCCAAAGUGUAUGCCUGUAUACCAACCUGCCCAGAGUGUAUACCUGCAAACCAGCCUGCCCAGAAUAUAUGCCUGUAUACGAACCUUCCCAGAGUGUAUGCUUGUAUACCAGCCUGCCUAGAGUCAAUGCCUGCAUUCCAGCCUGCCCAGAGUAUAUGCCUGUAUACAAGCCUGCCAGGAGUAUAUGCCUGUAUACCAGCCUGUCUAGAGUCCAUGCCUGUAUACCAGCCUGCCUAG